AUGACACUUUGGAGAAUGAAAUGGACAUUGAAUAGGAGUCAAAAUAUAGUAGAUAUUGCCCGUUGUUUAAGGACUUCAAGAUGUUUAUUUGUCUAUAAAAAUAUACGAUUAUAUGCGGACACUAAAGCACCGCAUGCUUUGAAAGAUAUUAGCCAACCACUUGUAGUUAGUUCUUUUCGUGGAGGAUUUCUUGGUUUUUUUAUUGGGACAAGUUUUGCCACUGCAGCUGGAUAUUAUUUUUUAAUAAAUGAAUAUCAGCAUGCAUCAAAUACUUUUCUUUUAUCUAUAGAAGAAUUACAGCGUAUAACAGAUUCUAUUAUUGAAUCAGUAAAACAGAUAGAAGAAAUGGAAAAAAAUGUAAAAAAAUUGCAGAAUAAUGUUGUAACAAAAAGCGAUAUUCAAGACGUUCGUACUGAUACAAAAAAAAUGAUCGAAAGUUUAAAUUUAGCUGAUUUAGAAGUAAACGAACGACUUUCUGAAUUAGAAAUGGAUGUAGCAAAAUUAUCACGCUACGCACAUACUAUUAUGUAA